AUGGACAAUGCUUUACCAUUUGACUAUCUUUCAUCAUUUUCAACUAUUACUAUUUGUUUAACAUUUUCUAUUGCUUAUGUUCUUGGUCUAUACAUAUUAUCUCCAUCAUCACGUCGAUACGAACGUAAUCAUUCACAUGUGAUCUGUCGAAGAUUUCUCGCCGUUUUUGCUGUUUGUUUAUUAAUAUAUUUGUUUUUAAAGCACACAUGUAAUCCAAAUAUCAAUAUUAAUUUCUGGUUAGGCUUCCGAACAAAUAUUCCAUCGAUAUGGAAACUAGUUCUCUAUCCUAUUUUAUUAACAUUGAUGUUAUAUUUGGGACCCAUUAUACAGUGGGUGGACUUAUUUGAUUGGAGAUAUUAUCGAUACAAUUGGAAAUAUCAUUUCUUAUGUCGAAAUAGAAAUGAACAACUUAUAUUCACUCGAAAUUACCUUGUAGCACCAUUUACUGAAGAGUUUGUCUUUCGUUCAUCUAUCUUAUGUCUGCUCUACUCGCAUGUGUCGUUAUCAUCGGCGAUCUUUCUUUCUCCAUUAUUCUUUGGUCUUGCUCAUCUUCAUCAUAUGCUCGAACAUUUCAAGCAAAACCAUCAUGAACAACAUCAUCGUUUAUCAGCAAUGACAAUCAUUCUUGUUCAUCUAUUUCAAUUUUCUUAUACUUAUAUAUUUGGUGUUUACUCAUCGUUUCUAUUCAUUCGAACAGGUCAUUUCAUACCAUCGUUCAUUAUUCACACAUUGUGCAAUGGACUUGGCAUACCUGAUGUGAUGAACUUAGUUGAUAUACAAAAUGGACAAGGUUUAAGAAAGUUUUUUCAUAUGAUAUGUUAUCUCAUUGGUCUAUGGUUAUUUUCAACGAAUUUAUAUUUUCUUACUCAGUCAAAUUUUUAUUACUCUGCCGAUAAUAAUCUUGUUACCUAUCGGCAUUGGUCUAGUUAA